AUGAACCGCAGCGUGCGCCCUGAGAACGUGGAAUUCACCGUCAAGGCGGCGGAGGAUCUGGUGCUCACGGGCAAAGAGCGCUCGAUCGUGCGCGUGUCGGCCAAUAACAUGUACUCGUGCCUCAUGCAGAAGACGCAGCGCUUUUCGUCGUUGUUCCGUCAUUACAGCAAGCACCAUGGCCUGCCUCGCGAGUCGCUCGACUUUUUCUUUACGAACCGCUUGGACCCGGAGGAUUCGCCUGAGUCAGUGUACCUACAAAAGAAUGACAUUAUUCUUGUUCGACAUCGAGUGGUGCCGGCGAUGCUGACAGUGCCGAGUCACAGUGAUGAGAUGUACCUCACGACGAUGCGGGAGCUCUUUCUGAAUGGGGUCGGGAGUGAUAUUACGCUGGAAGUUGGACCGGGUCGAGCUAUCCUGCGUGCGCAUCGGUUGAUCCUCACGACGAGAUGCGAGAUCUUCGAAGCCAUGUUUCGUCCGGGGGCUAUGAGAGAAAGCGAGGACGGCGUCGUUCGCAUCGAAGACCACUCACCCGAGAUGGUGUCCAAGAUGCUCGAGUUUAUCUACACCAACCGCGUCCUGGAUAUGGCCAAGCUCAACUCCAACCAACUCAUCGACCUGCUGACACUGUCGGAGCAGUAUCUGUUACUGCCACUAAAGCAUCUCUGCGAGGUUGCGGCGCAAAACGUCUUGUCUGUCGGAAAUGUCGGACAGUUCCUCUGCGCUGCGGAAAAGUUCAAUGCUGCAUAUUUGAAGGAGUACUGUCUCGCGUUCUUCAUGAAUCACACAAACGAGAUCAUCGACGACGACAACUUUCGUGAGGAGAUCGAAAGCUGUCCGUCGAUGGCACUGACGAUCGUGCGGGCUUCAACUCGCAACAUCAGGACUUCCCUGGAGCCGGUAUCGAAGCGGAGGAGACUCAACAUGCCGUUUGACGAACCUGACUACUUGUCCCCAGACACCUGA